AUUUUGAAUACACAUAUCUAGCACCUCUCCCUCUCCGCUCUCUCCCGCACCGUCCUUCUUCUGGGCUCGGACCAUUCAAACUAUCCAAAGCCGGCCCCUCGACAGACGAACCAAAUCUUCCCACUUGCCAUGUCGCGGAGGCCCAACCCAGCCGCCGAACGGGCGGAACAAAACCGCCAGACACUGAAGACGCUGGUGAAAUUGGAGCCUAAUAAGAGUUGUGCCGAUUGUAAAAGAAACAAGCACCCACGAUGGGCCAGCUGGAAUCUGGGCAUUUUCAUUUGCAUUCGUUGCUCUGGCAUUCACCGCGGGAUGGGAACGCACAUCAGCCGAGUCAAAUCCGUUGACCUCGACUCCUGGACAGACGAGCAACUACAGAACAUGAUCAAGUGGGGCAAUGCGCGCGCAAACAAAUAUUGGGAAGCAAAAUUGGCGCCCGGGCACGUCCCAUCGGAAGCGAAGAUCGAGAACUUCAUCCGAACGAAGUACGAAUCGAAGCGUUGGGUAAUGGACGGAGGCAUACCCGAUCCUUCCACUCUGGACGUCUCCGACGACGAUGUUCCGCUCAGUAAGGUACAAGAAAGGGUUGGAAUAGAACGCUCAGCCUCCCAACGGCUUGCGGCAAACUCUGGAAAACCCCCGGCCCCGCAAGCCAGCCAGGCGCCGCCCAAACCUCUCGUUGGCGAUUUGCUCUUUGGAGACGAACCCACUGCUGCACCUGCAAGGCCAAGUACUGGGCCACCCAUAGGAAGGACUGUCCCUCCGAAAGCAGAACCUGCACCACCGAAACAGACAAAGGCAGGAGACUCGCUCUUAGGCUUGGAUUUCCUUGGUGGCGGCGCAUCUUCGCAGCCGGCCAGACCUUCUAGCUCUGGGCCAGCACCCGCUGCUCCCUCCCGACCGGACCUCAAACAGUCUAUCCUUUCGCUCUAUGCCUCUGCGCCAAAGCCGACGCCACAGGUACAGCAGCAUAGCAGGCAAGAUUCCUUUGGCGGCCUUGCCUCUCCGGGCUUCUCUCAACCACAGCAAACUCCUCAGCAAUCCAAUCUCGGAAGUCUGAAUGAUGCGUUCAGCGAUUUGUCCUUUAACUCGCAGCCUGCCGCGCAAGCCAAACCAUCCCCCUUUGCCGGAUUAGACUCACUCUCCAAAUCCCGUUCGCCGACCUCCACGUCUUCCUCGAACCUGUUUGGCGGCGGGGGUAGCUUCUUCGAUUCUAACCCCAAGCCCGCCCCCGCAACACAAAGGCAGAACCAGCGAAGGCAACAAAGCUCAAGUGGCUUUGGCGACUUUACCUCAUCCUUCCCCUCGUCUACCACAACAGCUCCUCCAAAACCUUCUGCAUCUGGAUCUGGCCUGGAUGACCUCCUCGACUUGUCUAUGCCAGCCGCUGCCCCUGCGCAGCCUAUGUCCUCGCCGUCCAUGAGUUCUCCUUCUAUCAAUUCAACCUUCAACCUCUCUUCACAUGCUGCACCAGCUGCUACCGCACCGGUCGCAAACACCACUUCCAACUUCUCCGCAUUCUCCAGCACGGACCCAUGGGGAAGCAAUGAUGUGUGGGCGUCAACGGGGCCUAGCCAACCUGCGGCUACUACUACGAGUAGCACUGCCGCUACGUCACAUACGCAGCCGAGGAGCCCUGCGUGGGCCGCAACAACUCCCCAUGUGACUCAGGAUGAUGAUUUUGGAGGAUGGAGCAGUGCAGCACCGACAAGUACUGGUACGGCGACCACCACGAAUAAGCCCGCAGGAGGAUUCGGAGGUGAUGACCUGUUUUCGAACGUUUGGGAGUAGAAUGAGAGGGUGUAUUUUGGGGUUCAGGUGUGGAAACGGAAAAGGAGAGGAAGGAUGGCUCGUCAGACAGUUGGUAUGGCGUGAACGAGCAAUCAGCAAGAGCUUAUGAGGAUAAGAGAUUAUAAUGACAGUGUGAGUCGUGAGUCAUAAAGGGGAUCAGAUGGCCUUGCCGAGCAAUAUAAGCUUCUUGACAUGAAGAUGACAAUAAUG